CGCACUUCAUACAUGUGUUAGAAACUGGAGGUUCACACGUGUUGGAUAGAAAGAGAGCUGUGUUCCACCGUUUAUUUUCAGGCAUCUUUCCCGUGGAAUAGUUAUGCCAGGGCGAAAGAAAAAGCCCUUCAUCGACCGCAAGAAAGCGGUGAGCUUUCAUCUUGUCCAUCGCAGUCAGCGAGAUCCUCUGCAAGCUGACGAAGACAGCUCCAAGUUUGUCCUCUUGCAGAAAGAGAAUGCAAAAGAAAAGGAGCAGCACGAUGAGCGGAAGGCCGAAGAGCGAGCGCAUGGGGUGUUCUACGAUGACGACUACGAUUACUUGCAGCAUCUGAAGGAGGUCAACCCAGAGUGUGUCUGGUCUGACCCCACCCUCCCAUUUCAUCAAGAACAGAGGCCGCAUGUCGGCGUUGAAAGCUCUGCACAGAUUUCAAGGCUUGGCCUUCCAGCAGAAGUGUUUCCAUCAGAGACGGAAGAAAAUGUCGGUCUACUCAAUAAAGCUGCCCCAGUUAGUGGACCCCGGCUGGACCUUGACCCUGAUGUCGUGGCAGCGAUGGAUGAAGAUUUUGAUUUUGAUGAUCCCAAUAACCAGCUGGAGGACGACUUUAUACUCAGGGCCCAAGGAGAACAAGGGGAUGGCGAAAGAGGCUUGUUGGAAGGCGAUGGUGACUACGAAGGCGAGUACGGGAGCGAAGAAGAUUACUCGACAGAUGGACUCGAAGAUGAAGAUCAGGAUGACGUCAGUGAUGAUCUGAAGACAUUCCGAGAGGAAGAGACCAAAUCCCACUUCACCAACUACUCCCUGACGUCGUCCGUCAUGAGGAGAAACGAGGGACUAACGUUACUAGACGACAGAUUUGAGAAGUUUUACGAGCAGUAUGAUGACAUGGAGAUUGGAGCUCUGGACCACGAUGAGAUAGACGGUCAUCGAGAGGUUACAGCCGACAGUGCCAUCAUGAAACAGGUCUUGGAUGAAUACGAGGCCCGUCAACAGAAGAGUUUCCUUGGCGAUAUCAGAAAUGUAGGCAAAGUGGAAGAUGGCAAUCGUCUCCAAGUCGAUGCCAGUGAUGAUGAGGAUGAGGACGAUAAUCUCGUCAAAAUGACCGUGACAGAAACGAAGAAGGAAGAGCGAUGGGAUUGCGAGUCCAUCUUGAGUACUUACUCCAACCUCUACAACCAUCCGACGACCAUCAAGGAACCUCCCAAGAAUAAAUCCAUCAAGCUGUCCAAGAAGACGGGAAUGCCUCUAGACGUCCUGCCGACACCAGGCCCAACCAAGAAACAACAGGAGAGGGAGCUGCACGACGAGUACACCUUGCCGUCCGUCGCUCCCUCCAGACCCAAGGACAAAAAGGAGACCUCAGAGGAGAGACGAUUGAGGAAGCAGGCUGUCAAACAAGACCGGAGGGAUCGACGUCUGGAGAAGAAGGCUAACAAGCAAGCAUUCAAGGAUGAAGAGAAGAGACAAGACCUGGCCAUGAUGAAUCUCAAGCAGAACAUGCAGGGAAUCAAAAUAGUCUGAGCCCCAUAACAGCUUUGCUUUGUCGAUACCUCAAAGAGAUUAUGGUGACUUAUUUUGAAUAAGAGCGAUGGCCAAGUUUAGUUCUCAAACAAUGUGAGGAAACUGGAUUUCUCGAUAGCAGUCCGAGGAAUUGUUUCAGGCUGUAAAGGUCAGCUUUUCUCUCGAUUUCUUCGUCCAAAAAAACAACAAAAAAAACCCCAGAUACUUCAACAAUAUUGGGAUGGCCUGCCACACACCAUUUUUUAAAUGUCAAAAAGUGUUUCUCAUAGUCAGCUUGUUUUGGUUGGGCAGUUUUCUUUUUUAAGAAGUGUCUUCGUUUUUAAAUAAAAUGUUGACAUAACUUGUAAUAAAAAUGCCCCUUAACUUUCAAAAGUACAUGUGUAAAUAUGUAUGAUAUAUCUUUGAAAAUCAAUUGGUUAAGAAAUAAAGCCAGAUGUUGGAAAUCUUUGGAA